AUGGCCUUCUACGGUUGGCCGAUAUCUCAAUGCCAAGACCUCUCCAACCCGCUCAUAGUACAACUCAACUCCGGCAUCCGCGUCCUCGACGUCCGCCUCGCCGUCCUCAAGGGAGAGCUCAUUGCCUUCCACGGCGUUUACCCCCAGCGUGCCCUCUUUCAACACAUCCUCCGCACCUUGCGCGACUUCCUCUCGUCCCCGCUAUCGCAGUCAGAGACGGUUGUCAUGUCCAUCAAGCAAGAAGACUUUGCGACCACGCCUCUGCCGACCUUUUCCAAGCUCGUGCAUGACGAGAUCAUGAACGGACCCGGGGGCCGCGACUUGUGGUUCCUCGAGAACCGCAUCCCACGCCUGGGCGAGGUCCGUGGCAAGAUAGUCAUGCUCAGUCGAUUUGGAGGCGACGGCUCUGGGUGGGAGAGGGGGCUUGAGGGGCUUGGCAUUCAUCCUACGGCGUGGCCGGACAGCGCGAAGUCGGGCUUCUCGUGGACGCUCAAGGGCGCCCUCGUGCGCACUCAUGAUUGGUACUCCAUCCCAUCCUUCCUCUCCAUCCCAGAGAAGACGAGGCUCGCGAGCGAGGUUCUUCUCCUGCCUGCGGGUGGCGCCCCGCCCUUCCCGGUGCUCAACAUCACUUUUUUCUCUGCGGCGUCCUUCCCGCUCGCGUUCCCACCCAUGAUCGCACGAGGGUUUGGCUGGCCCGGCGUCGGAUUCGGCGUCGAGGGCGUGAAUGCUCGGCUUGGGCGGUGGCUGACCGAACGUCUGGCCGCGGGCACGCGCGUCCGUGGUUGGGCCUUCCUGGACUUUUAUUCGGACCCAGAUGACAGCCUCGUCCCGCUCCUCGUGCAGUGCAACUUUAAGGGGAGGAAACAGGGAGAAGAGGGUUGGGAGUGA